AUGGUGUACAUAGAUUACGUGUCCAUUUCGGAAGCGCUGUCCGAUUUUGGUUACUCUUUGCAGGAGUCAGAUGACCUCAUGACGAAAGUUAACUCACUCGCUACCGAAUUCAAUCUUGAUGUCGAUGACUUUAUUGAUGAAUUACUUGCAUCGGCUGUCAAUAUGAAGAAGAUGGAAGUAGACUUGGCCCUUUUAGAACACAUGGAAGCAGAACUUGUCAAGAAGCUGAAGAAGAGUUUAGACCGAGUCGUCGCAAGUUCAUCAUCGAAGCCGAAAAGGACAGCGUUUGGAGAGCGUCCUGUCAAUCAAUUAGCAUUUGAUGUUUCUUGCAUCGAAGCUGAGGACUCAUCUAAUGAAGAUUUUGGAUCUACUAAUCUUAGUGGAGUAUAUCGAGCAUUUGCACCCGUUUUGCCUUCUCCUUCAAAUGCUAAAUACCAGGCCAGAGCUGAGCGGUUCGUUGUCACACAGCAGGUUCAGGGACAGCUCUUUGUGGAGAGCUCGGCUCCUGGAGGUCCAGUGUAUAUAGAAAUACUUUCUCCAAUGCCCAAAGACAAAUACGCUGUCGACAAAGCAUCAAACGUAAUAGAUGCAAAAUGUGAACGAAUGGCUAAAUUUGCCGCCCAGUGUCGUGAAGCUAAUCCGGAAAUAUCUGAAUGGUCGACUCCAUUAGCUGGUUCAUCGGAUUCCGAUUUCGUAUAUGGAGAGAUUGUGCGGAGUAUUUCCGAAGAUAUGCCUUUGAGCGACCAUACCGCAUCGCUCUUGCUGGAUGACGAGAGGGGCACAGUGGUCAAACUUGAUCUCAGUCGCCUACCAGAAGUCAGCGUUUAUCCUGGACAGUUGGUGGCAUUAUUUGGCUCAUUCGAAAGUGGAGACCGUUUCAUAGCAUCUCGCCAGUUUUUCCUCAAACCACUACCGUUGUCUCCUCUGGAUAGACCUUCAGUAGACGAGAAUCUCCGCGUAUGGUGUGCUAGUGGCCCCUUUACGACUUCGGAAAAUUGUUCGUACGAACAGCUUCGCGAUUUGCUUGAGAUGGUGGCAAAAGAACAACCGCACGUACUGAUUCUGAUGGGACCACUAGUGGAAAGCAAGAACGCCUUUAUGCAACGACCAGAAUUUCCAGAGACUUACGAGAACGUUUUGAAUCAACUUAUGAGAAAUAUUGCAAAAUCAUUGGAAGGCUGCCGAACGGAGGUGAUUGUACAACCUGCUCCUUUUCGUGACGCGUGUUGUGAGCCUGUCUUUCCUACUCCCCCAUUUUCAUUCACCUCUGACGUUUGUAAAAAGAUGGGUCGUCGUCUUCAUUGUACUCCUGAACCGUGUGUAGUUCGUAUCAAUGGAGUCGAAAUAGCACUAACUAGCAGUGAGGUGAGGUUUUGUUGCGAGCUGCUUUCACUUCAGGAAUAG